UAUCUUGACAGCAGCUGAGUUGACAGGAGGCUGUCCUUAGCUAGCCGCAUUAGCAAACCGAGCAACAUAACGCCCGCACAAGCCGUUUGUUUUCGGUCUAUAUGAGACGAUUGCGGGCAGAAGUUAAGGAGGCUUUCAAUCAGACGAUUAGGAGUUAACACCUCACGUUAAAACUCUAAGUCCUGUGACAGUGCUCCACCCCUCAGGUAAGAGCUGAGGGUCGGGCCGAUGUCAUCCAGUCAGGGUGACAGAGGGGGUCUUUCUCAGGCUGCCCCAAACAACAACUCCCCGACACAGGACGAAUUUGACAACACUACUCGGACUGCUGCAACAUGCAGCACACCUAAGGCCAGCAAGGCCGAGCUGUCUCUUCCUGAGGCACAGGUGAAGCUGCAGAGUUCUCCUGCUUUGGAUGAGGUUUCUCCUUCCUCUGCAUCCUCUUUUGAGAUGCUGGACAUGGAGUCAGUGCCACCUCCAUACCAAGAGGUGCAGCCUCACUGGUUCUUCUGUCGCCAGGCAGAUGACAGCGACUCUUGGCAUCCCUUCAGCAGAGAGGACUCUGACAAGCUAGAAAAUGCUUUCAAUACUGAAAGAGGUGAAGAGGACAUCGUGGUUGCUGUGGAAGGGGAGCGCUACGAUGUACAUGUCAAGAAGAGGAUGCUCUUUGCUGUCUAUUGGGACCAAGCUCCCGCUGAGGUCCGCCGCUGCACCUGGUUCUACAAAGGAGAUAAAGACACAAGAUUCUUUCCUUACUCUGAGGAGUUCAGUAAACGUUUGGAGGAAGCCUAUAUGAUAGCAGUGACCUUAGACGAAUGGAAAAGGAAGCUGGACUUUCCCACUGGAGAAACUGUCAUCUUGCACAACCCUAAGCUGAUAAUGCAUUAUCAGCCAAUAGGAUUCCAAGAUGAGUGGGUUUCCUCUCCGUCGGAGCAGUCGCGGCCGUGUACAGUCAAGAGAGGAGUGGAGAACAUCUCUGUAGAAAUACCUGAUGGUGAACCGGAGAAGGUGGAUCACCUGGUCUUUAUGGUGCACGGGAUUGGUCCAGCAUGUGAUUUACGCUUUAGAUCCAUCAUACAGUGCGUGAAUGACUUCCGGAGUGUUUCGCUGUCCCUCCUGGCCUCCCACUACCGGCGUUCUCAGCAGGAAGGCCAUGUGGGUCGAGUUGAGUUCCUUCCUGUCAACUGGCACAGUGCUCUGCACGGGGAUGCCACCGGUGUGGAUGAGGACAUUCAAAGGAUCACUCUGCCCAGCAUCAGCCGCCUCCGGCAUUUCACCAACGACACUCUGCUGGACUUAUUUUUCUACAACAGCCCCACCUACUGCCAGACCAUAGUGGACACAGUGGCCUCAGAAGUCAACCGGCUACAUGCCCUCUUUAAGCAGAGACACCCAGAGUUUAAUGGAGAAGUUUCUGUUGUAGGACACAGCUUGGGUUCUCUGAUCCUGUUUGACCUGCUAACCAAUCAGAGAAAUAGAUCCAGAGCAAGAGGAGUACCUUCAGGAGAACACUCUGCUCUGAACAGUGACACGCUGGAGCAGAUGCUGACUAAAUUGGACCUCCAGCAGUACCUGCAAACUCUACUGGCAGAAAAUGUCGACAUGGAAUCACUGGCUCUCUGCCAAGACAGUGAUCUUCGAAAUUUAGGAAUUCCUCUUGGGCCCCGAAAGAAGAUUUUACACUUCAUCAGGAAGAAGAGGCUUCCAGAGGACUAUGAGAUGGCACCAGGGCAUCAGACCUUGGAGUCUGGUCCACCUCAGGUUACCAGUGAGGGCAACCAGCCUUCAGAACUGCCAGGCCAGGAAUCCUUCCUCCACAAAAUGCCUUCUACCACCGGUGCUGUGGACUAUGAAUACUUUGACGUCGGCAUUGGACAGGUGUCCAUCGAUUACCCUCAGCUGGGGUUUUACCCUGAGACAUUUUUCGCUUUUGGGUCUCCGAUUGGAAUGUUCCUGACUGUACGAGGCCUGAAACGCAUCGAUCCAAACUACUCAUUCCCAACCUGCAAGAGCUUCUAUAACAUCUACCAUCCAUUUGACCCUGUUGCCUAUCGGAUCGAGCCCAUGAUUGUUUCGGAGGUGGAUCUGGAGCCGAUGCUUAUACCACACCACAAAGGCCGAAAGAGGAUGCACCUUGAGCUUAAAGACAGCUUAACCAGGAUGAGUAUGGAUUUGAAGAACAACGUUUUGGGAUCAUUACGGACAGCGUGGCAGUCCUUUACCAGACCAGUAGCUGCACUGCCCCCAGUGGAAGAGGGGGAAGUGACAAAUGACACAACCCUUCAGGAGGAUCAAGCAGGGGUAUACACAGAUGCUGAGUGCUCAGUGUCAGCGGAGCAGAUUGAACAACCCGAGAUUGAAAUGGGGAUGCUGAAUGGAGGGCGGCGGAUCGACUAUGUGCUCCAGGAAAAACCCAUUGAGAGCUUUAACGAAUACUUGUUUGCCAUCCAGUCUCAUCUCUGUUACUGGGAGUCUGAGGACACGGCUUUGCUGCUGCUGAGAGAGAUUUACGACAACCUCGGCGUGGCUUUUGAACAGCCGCAACAGUAACAAAUUAGUGUGAAUGAAGAUCUGCUCUUGUGACCGUUGUCUGAAAGUGAAGGACAGCUGACAGAGCCGGAAACUGAAAGACAAUCCUCUCCAGAAUGCCUUACCGUCUGUGUUUUACCGACUGCCGCAACCCUGGAUGGGUUGCGGCAGUCGGGUUUGCUGUUGUGGCGGCUCUUCUUCCAUUCCUGCAAUCCAAAUAUUUCAAUUUAGUUCUGAGAGGUUUUCAAGAUCAAAACAAUGCACUUUCUUGACUAAAUGUUAUAAUUUAUUAGCAUUUUCACAUUUGGCAUGACCUCGUGGUCGUGUAAAGAAAGAUUAUGAUCAUAAUGACUUAAAAUGCAUGCGAGAGGGUAGUUCAUUUUCAUCUGUCAUUUCUUUGCCAUUCUGUGGAAAAAGAUUUAUAAAUACUAUUAUCUGAUAUUUAGACAUUUUAGUCUAUGUUGACCAAAAAUGCAUAUUGCCCCAUAAGAAACAGCUGAGCCUUUUUGUUUAACAAUGAAGGUUUUGUUUGUAUUGCAAGUUUUCUUUGGCAGCUAUAAUUAUUUUACUUCUGUAAUAAACAGCUUGAAGCCUAAAGCUGCCACUCCUUUAUUUUAGUUAUUCAGCAAUGUUAACUACACUCAUCUCCUCUCAAUUUGCAUACAGUGCAAUGUAAACCAAAAUAUAGUGCACCUUCCUGUUUAGCCGAAUGUUUGUUUACAUUUGUAUUUGGUUAUAUUUAUCGCAGGAAUCUAAGGUAUAAAUCCUUAUGAAGAUUUGUUGUAGUGUGGAAAGGAGGAUUCCUCAGAAGACAACGGGAUUGUCUCUAAUAUGUAUUAUGCAACUUAUCUCCUUUUUGUAUCUACUACAAAGUAAGUUUGUAUAGAUUUUACAAAAAGGCUUCCUCUACCAAUGCUCCAAGUUGGGACAAUUUUAUCUCAAGUCCAGACCAGCACUACACGCUUUAUAUCGUUAUUGAUUUAGAAACAAAAUGCUAUUAAAUUGACUUUUUUAUGUAUUUUCUCAAAAUUAUACCCAUUUCCAUGUCAGUCUAGUCUUCAUGAAUAAAAUGAUUAUUUGUCAUGUCUCUGCUGCAUGUAUUUCUGUUGUUUAAAAAUUAGAUUCCCCUGCUUUUUGAUAUUCUUACAUUUCAGUUGUUUUUCAAGCAACAAGCAAUAAAAAUAUUUCUUAUUUAUUGUGUUACAUAAAAAGAAAAGUGUUAUCUUCCAGUAGUCUCAGUUUAUUUUAUAGGAAAGUUAUGGGUAUGUUGGAAAAACAGACCCACAUCCCUAACUUUCCAAGCCUUUUUGUCAUUAUGACAUAAAUGUAUAUGACUUGUUUCAUAUGCACGGAUGGUGGAACCACGGCCCGACACCAAAGCUGUAAAUUGAGUUUUUUGGAGGAAAUCAUUGAUAAAUAAAUCUCCUGAGGUUGCUUGUUUUCUUGUGUUAAGAAAGCACAAAAGUUUCACUAUAAUAUAUAAAAUUUUUGUGUCAUUUCAGUAACAUCAGUGUUUUAACUCAAUGUAAUCUUACGUUGAGUUAUGACAGUCACCUAUUCAGGCCAGAAAGGUGACAUUCUCUUUAAAUACAUAGCUUUAUAAAUGUGGAUACUUGUCUUAUGUGCCAUAAUAAAGAUUUUAUUGUG